UGAACUCUAUGUCUUCAACUCAGCUGGAGAUGCUGACGAUCCACCAAGAAUUACUCAAAAUCCGGUCAUCAAUGGGAAUGUGGCGAUGGCUGACGGUCACAACAACACAGAAGAAGACAUGGAGGAUGACACAAGCUGGCGGUCAGAAGCGACGUUUCAGUUCACAGUUGAACGUUUCAACCGGCUGAGUGAAUCAGUCCUGAGCCCUCCCUGCUUUGUCCGAAACCUGCCAUGGAAGAUCAUGGUGAUGCCACGGCUUUAUCCAGACAGGCCGCAUCAAAAAAGUGUAGGAUUCUUUCUUCAGUGCAAUGCUGAGUCUGAUUCCACGUCAUGGUCUUGUCAUGCGCAAGCAGUGCUCAAGAUAAUAAAUUACAAGGACGAUGAGAAAUCUUUCAGUCGCCGCAUCAGCCACUUGUUCUUUCAUAAGGAAAAUGACUGGGGCUUUUCCAACUUCAUGUCAUGGAGUGAGGUUACUGAUCCUGAUAAAGGCUACAUAGAAGAUGAUAAAGUAACUUUUGAAGUGUAUGUUCAAGCUGACGCUCCACAUGGCGUGGCGUGGGACUCCAAGAAACAUACAGGAUAUGUGGGGCUCAAGAACCAGGGAGCAACUUGCUAUAUGAACAGUUUAUUACAGACUCUGUUUUUCACAAACCAGCUACGGAAGGCUGUGUAUAUGAUGCCCACAGAAGGUGAUGAUUCAUCAAAAAGUGUUCCUUUAGCAUUGCAAAGGGUGUUCUAUGAACUUCAGCACAGUGACAAGCCAGUAGGAACCAAGAAACUAACCAAGUCUUUUGGGUGGGAGACACUAGACAGCUUCAUGCAACAUGACGUUCAAGAACUUUGUCGAGUGUUGUUGGAUAAUGUUGAAAAUAAAAUGAAAGGCACCUGUGUAGAAGGCACGAUUCCAAAAUUAUUCAGGGGGAAAAUGGUGUCUUAUAUCCAGUGCAAACAUGUAGACUAUCGGUCUGAACGAAUAGAAGAUUAUUAUGACAUCCAACUAAGUAUAAAGGGAAAGAAAAAUAUAUUUGAGUCUUUCAUUGAUUACGUUGCAGUGGAACAACUGGAUGGGGAUAAUAAAUAUGACGCAGGAGAACAUGGUUUGCAGGAAGCUGAGAAAGGUGUGAAGUUCAUAACAUUGCCGCCAGUGCUGCAUCUACAACUCAUGCGGUUCAUGUACGACCCCCAGACUGACCAGAACAUCAAGAUAAAUGACAGGUUUGAAUUUCCAGAUCAGUUGCCUCUUGAUGAGUUCUUGCAAAAAACAGAUCCUAAAGAUGCUGCAAACUACAUUCUUCAUGCAGUGCUAGUACACAGUGGAGAUAACCAUGGUGGACAUUAUGUCGUUUACUUGAACCCUAAAGGGGAUGGAAAAUGGUGUAAAUUUGAUGAUGACGUUGUAUCUCGAUGUACAAAAGAAGAAGCAAUUGAACAUAACUACGGAGGCCAUGAUGAUGACUUAUCUGUACGGCACUGUACUAAUGCGUAUAUGUUGGUUUAUAUCAGGGAGUCAAAAUUAAGUGAAGUUUUGCAAGCAGUCACGGACCAUGAUAUCCCUCAGCAACUAGUGGAACGGCUUCAGGAAGAGAAGAGAAUAGAGGCUCAAAAGAGAAAGGAGCGGCAAGAAGCUCAUCUCUAUAUGCAAGUGCAGAUAGUAACAGAGGACCAGUUCUGUGGCCAUCAAGGCAACGACAUGUACGAUGAAGAAAAAGUAAAAUACACUGUGUUCAAAGUCUUGAAAAAUUCAACGCUUGCAGAAUUUGUUCAGAACCUUUCUCAAACAAUGGGCUUUCCACAAGACCAGAUACGGUUGUGGCCCAUGCAGGCGCGAAGUAAUGGGACAAAGCGGCCAGCCAUGUUAGACAAUGAAGCCGAUGGCAAUAAAACUAAAGAGGGCAGCCUUCCUAAGAAUUCGGUAGAAAGGAGUGCAGUGUUACGGGUUGUCUUAUAUAGAGAGAUGAUUGAACUCAGUGACAAUGAAAAUCCAUGGACAAUAUUCCUGGAAACAGUGGACCCAGAAAUGGCUGCUACAGGAGCAACGUUACCCAAGUUCGACAAAGACCAUGAUGUAAUGCUGUUCUUGAAGAUGUAUGAUCCAAAGACACGGAGUUUGAAUUACUGUGGACAUAUCUACACACCUAUAUCCUGUAAAAUACGUGACUUGCUGCCAGUUAUGUGUGAAAGAGCAGGAUUUCCCCAAGAAUCUAAUCUUAUCCUCUAUGAGGAAGUUAAACCGAAUUUAACAGAGCGAAUUCAAGACUAUGACGUUUCCCUCGACAAAGCUCUGGAUGAACUCAUGGAUGGGGACAUCAUUGUGUUUCAAAAGGAUGACCCUGAGAAUGAUAACAGUGAACUACCGACAGCAAAAGAGUACUUCAGAGACCUAUAUCACCGAGUUGAUGUCAUCUUCUGUGACAAAACAAUCCCAAAUGACCCUGGUUUUGUUGUCACGUUAUCCAACAGAAUGAAUUAUUUUCAGGUUGCAAAGACAGUUGCCCAAAGGCUUAAUACAGAUCCUAUGCUACUACAGUUUUUCAAGUCACAAGGUUACAGAGAUGGCCCAGGCAACCCUCUUAGACAUAAUUACGAUGGAACUUUAAGAGAUCUCCUGCAGUUCUUCAAGCCUAGGCAACCUAAGAAACUUUACUAUCAGCAGCUUAAAAUGAAAAUCACAGACUUCGAAAACAGGAGAAGUUUUAAGUGCAUAUGGUUAAACAGCCAAUUUAGGGAAGAGGAAAUAACACUAUAUCCAGACAAGCAUGGAUGCGUACGGGAUUUAUUAGAUGAAUGUAAAAAAGCUGUAGAACUUGCUGAGAGAGGUUCAGGGAAAUUAAGGCUGCUAGAAAUUGUAAGUUACAAAAUAAUCGGUGUCCAUCAGGAAGAUGAAUUGUUAGAGUGUUUAUCGCCAGCAACAAGUCGGACGUUUCGAAUAGAGGAAAUCCCUCUGGACCAGGUAGACCUAGAUAAGGAAAACGAAAUGCUUAUUACAGUGGCUCACUUUCAGAAAGAGGUUUUUGGGACAUUUGGCACUCCUUUCUUGCUAAGGAUACACCAGGGCGAACAUUUUAGAGAGGUAAUGAAGAGGAUUCAGGCAGUGCUGGACAUCCAGGAGAAGGAAUUUGAAAAGUUUAAAUUUGCCAUUGUAAUGAUGGGUCGGCACCAGUAUCUAAAUGAAGAUGAAUAUGAAGUGAACUUGAAAGAUUUUGAGCCCCAACCCGGCAACAUGUCUCAUCCAAGGCCAUGGCUAGGGCUUGACCAUUUCAACAAAGCCCCAAAGAGAAGUCGCUACACGUACCUUGAAAAAGCUAUUAAAAUCCAUAACUGACUUACCCUCUCCAGUUUGUUCGAGACGAAAAAAAGGGGCAACAAUAAGAGUGUGUGUGUUUGUGUGUGUGUGUGUGCGCGCGCACCUUUUUAACAACCGUAGGACUUUUGGUACACGUGCACUCGAUCAGACGUCUCCAGCAAGAGGAUUUGCUGCUGAUUUAUUAAUUUUAUUUCGAGGCUGUUCAGUUUGGCUUCUCUGUAUCUAUUAUUGACUGCCCUUUUUUUUUGGAGCAAAAAAUGAAGGUGUUUUAUAUAAAAAAAGCUUUGGGUGCCAAUGAGAGUUUUUAUGGGAACUUUAAAACAAGGCAAGGUUGUCAGCCUAACAAGGGAAGGAUUGAGUAGAACACUUGACAUUGGCAAAAAUAUUUGUCUGUAGUACAUUGAAUGGGGACAGCUUGAGCUGCCUCCGGCCCUUCCUUGCCCCCUCCGUCCCUUUCCCCAAACCCCCCAAAUGCCUGGCACCUGCCAUCACUGCAGCUCGCUGGCGCUAGGGUUAGGCUCACGUCCCAUUUGUUUCCUUCAGUUAUCUACUUUAAAUAUGACCAUUUUUUUGUGCAUUUGUAAAUGCAAAGAGAAACUCACGUCAUCAAUAAAUAGCAAUCUACUUCAUUGUGUACACUGUUGGCACUUAUUCGGGACAUUUUGUUUCGUUUGGGUCUCUUCCAACCAGCCUAGGAUUUCUCCUUUUUUUUAAACAAACAAACAAAAAUAUUAUUAUUAUAAUAGUAUUAUUAUUAUUUUAAAAUAAAACUCACCUUUCGCCAAGAAGGGAGCCAGAAGUCUCAAAGCGGAAGAUCCAGCGUCUUCGAAUUUUCCUUUUCUGGCUGAGCCUAAAAGCCCUUGGUUAUAAUAAAGACGAAUGAGGGUAAAUACAGAGGAUUUGCUUCAUACUGAGAUUAGCUAACCUGAAGGAAAGGAAAAUACAAAAUAGGCCUUUUAGCACUGAAGGCAUGUUCACUAGUGUUUAGUAAGCUGUUGACUUUGUACAAAAAUGAAAUAAAAUGGAGCCAGGGGGCUUGGGAGGGCGCAGAGAUUGAAAUUGUAUAUUUAACAAAGGAUGUGUACAAUUGAACACUCGGAAGUGACUUUUUGGGGGGGGUGGGGGGGGGGGGGCAGGUCUGCGAGUGAAUUUCACAGAUGUCAAUAUUCAUAUUCAUUGUGUGUAGUUUUUAUUUCGGUCCCCAGGCGGCUUUUUCUGUUUUUAGUUUGGAGCGAACGACAGCCCAUGUGUCUAUAUAAGUUUUUAUUUUCUUUGGGUGCGGUAAAAAAAAACCUAUAGACUCUGCAGUUUACACUCCCCUUCUUCGUUUCUUCUUCUUUUUAUUUUAUUUCCAAAAAAGAGAGCGUUAUUCUUCAUCUUCUUCUCUUCCUCCUCUUCCUCCCCUCAGUCCUUUAUUUUGUUUCUGUAGCUCCCUGUGCAAUGAUUCUUCCUGUAUAUUGCCUUUUUUUGCUGGGAAAAAAAAUGUUGUAUGUUGAAUAAAAGUUUUCUAUAAAAUUUUAA